AAAAAGUCGAUAGACCCCAGACACCGGGACUGAAAUAGACUUUAGUUGAUUGAUCUAGAGUCUUCUUCGUACUACAUAGUACAUAUGUGCAGUUACUCAUGGCCGUCGAAGACAAUUGUUCGAUGAACGGGGCUAACGGAGACACCUCGCAAAUUGAUGCCGUCGUGUCAAAUGAGAGCUCAGACGAAGGGGUCGAGGAAACAACUGAAGAUCACCAUCUUCCGAAUGGGCGCAUACAAUCUACUCCUGUUCCAGAUGCAACGAUUCUCAAGACAAAUAGAUCGAGGCCACAAUAUGCAGUAAAGUACAUUUUGAGCGGACACACUAUGGCAAUAUCCUCCCUCAAGUUCAGUCCAGACGGUACUAUGCUUGCUUCAUCAGCCGCCGACAAACUGGUGAAGCUGUGGGAUGCAUACUCAGGAGAGAUAUUAAGAACUUUCGAAGGCCAUACUGAGGGUGUUAACGAUGUCGCCUGGUCCAACGAUGGGGAAUUUCUUGCCUCCGCAUCGGACGAUAAAAGUAUCAUACUUUGGAGCUUGGAGACGAAUUCUGCUGUGAAAACCCUACUAGGGCACACAAAUUUCGUCUUCUGCGUUAACUUCAAUCCCAGGUCUAAUCUUUUGGUCACCGGGGGAUAUGAUGAAACUGUUCGCGUCUGGGACGUAGCAAGAGGGAAAUCUUUAAAGGUUCUUCCUGCCCACUCAGAUCCUGUGACUGCUGUCAGUUUUAAUCACGACGGAACGCUCAUAGUCUCCUGCGCGAUGGAUGGACUAAUACGAAUUUGGGAUGCUGAGUCCGGACAGUGUUUGAAGACUAUUGUCGAUGACGAUAACCCUAUAUGUUCACACGUCAAAUUCUCUCCGAACUCGAAAUUUAUUCUAUCAGCGACCCAGGACUCGACAAUCAGACUUUGGGACUACCAGAAGACACGUUGCGUCAAAACAUACACUGGUCACACCAACAGGACAUAUUGUCUGUUCACUUGCUUCAGUACCACUCAAGGAUUAUACGUAGUGAGUGGUAGCGAGGACGCAAAAAUAUAUGUAUGGGACUUGCAGAGUCGCGAAGUGCUACAGGUCCUUGAAGGCCACAGAGAUGCUGUCUUAGCAAUUGCGACUCAUCCUGUUCGUAACAUCAUGGCUUCUGCUUCAAUGGAAAAAGACCUGACUAUCAGGCUGUGGUAUGAUGAAUGAGUUGCUCGUUCAGAAUGCGUAGUUAUAGGGAAGCUGGAUCUCAAGGAUUAAUCGAUCAAGAUUGAAAUAGGAACAAUUUGACUUGGGCGGUCCACAAAAUAUUUAGUAAAAAUAGUCUCUCAGCCAAAAUGUGGGCUUAACAGAAAUUUCAACUUGGGAAAGGAUGGUGACCUGCUGUAAGUAUAGCCUGUCAGCGGUGCACUUGACACUACCACAAAAAGGCGGGCUGUGGACCAGUGGCGUGUA